AUGGGCGGCCCCGUCGCCGCCCCUAUCGGCCCCGUCGCCGCCCCUAGCGGCCCCGUCGCCGGCCCUAGCAACCCCGUCGCCGCCCUUCGUCGCCCCGUCGCCGCCCUUCCCGGCCCCGUCGCCGCCCCUAGCGGCCCCGUUGCCGCCCUUCGCGGCCCUGUCGCCGCCUCUAGCGGCCCCAUCGUCGCCCUUCGCGGCCCCGUCGCCGCCUCUAGCGGCCCCUUCCGCUGCCAAGCUGCCCCUAGCGGGCGACGCUGCACCGGCAAGGGCAAGGGGGGCAAGGGCGCUGGAGGGGCUGGCGGGGGCGGUGGAGGUGGAGGUGGAGGAGGUGGAGGGAGUGGGGGUGGUGGUGGGAGUGGUGGCGGGGGUGGGGGCUUCGGUGGCGGAGGUGGCGGCGGUGGCGGUGGGAGCGGAGGAGGAGGCGGUGGCGGCGGUGGCGGAGGUGGCGACGGAGGAGGUGGAGCUAGUCGGGGUGGUUCUAGGCAGCGGGUCGGCUUAGGUGGUGGUCAGCGCCAGCAGCAGCAGCGCACUCGUGAGACCCCGUCCCCCCAGCAGCUUCGUGAGUGGUACGCUGGGCGUGAGCGAGGUGGGGGUACUGGUCCCUGUACCUACGUUCUCCGUACCGGCGACCGCGCUUGUGAGAAGUGCGGGGGCUCGCACUCCACCCAGCGCUGCUUCGGCCGCCUGACGGACGCUUGGCGUCACCAGUUCCCUGACGCCAUUGAGAUCCCUCACUGGGGAGAGUUGUCUAGGGCGGGGGUUGCCAUCAUUGAUCUUGACUAUGAUGCUAUUCUUGCUGCCAUGUAUGCUGUGUCUACUAGUGAUGAGGGUGACUGUUACCUGUGUGUUCCGCCUGACCAGGGCAUUGAGGCUGCUGCUCUAGGUGCUGGUGAGGCUGGUGCUCUAGGUGCUAGUGCGUGUGCUGCCCCAGGUGCUGGUGAGUCUGCUCUCUCAGGUACCACGUCGGCUCAGGCCUUACACACCUUCACCCUUGACUUGGGUGCUUCCUGCUCCUUCUUUCGAGACCGCACCACGCUUACGCCGCUUAGUCGGCCGGUUGCGGUCUCCCUGGCGGACCCCUCUGGGGGUCCUGUCCUUGCUCGCUUCUCCACUGUCUUACCGUGUCCGGCAGCCCCCUCUGGCAUCCUGUCAGGUCUCUACCUCCCCUCGUUCUAUACGAACUUGGUGAGUGGUGCUGAUCUACAGGAUGGGGGGGUUGACCAGUUCACUCCUGCGAGUCAGCGGGUGACCCACUGUACGUGUGCUCGGACGGGCCGACACUGGGCCACGUUUACCCGUCGGCCAAGGUCGAGCCUAUACACACUGACUACUGAGUCUCCUCCGGUUGCUAAGUCUGGUCAGGUUGCUACGUCGAACCAGGUAGUUGCUGCAAAGUCCAGGUCUGGUCCUGAGUCUGCUCCCUGCUCGUGUCGUCUCCUAUCCCACCAGACUCUCCUUUGGCACCACCGCCUUGGUCACCCCUCCCUGCCUCUUCUCCGAGGCAUGGCCUCCCGUGUCCUUGUCUCUGGUCUCCCCCGGUCCCUCCCUCCCCUCCCUCCGGGGCCUGCCCCUACGUGCGUCCCCUGCGUCGAGGGGCGGCAGCGCGCCGCCCCUCACUCCUCCGAGUUUCCUCCGACAGAGGCUCAGCUGCAAACUCUUCACAUGGACGUGUGGGGCCCCGCCCGCGUCCGUGGCCAGGGUCACGAGCGUUACUUCCUGUUGGUGGUUGAUGACUACUCGCGUUACACCACGGUGUUCCCCUUUCGCAGCAAGGGUGACAUCACUGAGACGUUCACGCUUCCGGCCUCUCCACAGCAAAAUGGGAUUGCUGAGCGCCGCAUUGGCAUGGUCAUGGACGUCGCUCGUACGUCCAUGAUCCAUGGGGCUGCUCCCCAUUUUCUGUGGCCGUUUGCGGUUCAGUACGCAGCGCAUCAGCUCAACCUUCAGCCCCGAGUUUCCUUGACGGGGAAGGUUCGCGAUGCGUCUGCUUUCCAUGUCUGGGGAUCUCGGGCGUUUGUCCGCGACUUGUCUGCGGACAAGCUGUCCCCCCGUGCGGUUCCUUGCGUCUUACUUGGCUUCCCCCCUGACGCGCCUGGUUGGCAGUUUUACCACCCCACCUCGCGCCGUGUUCUGUCCUCCCAGGACGUCACGUUUGAUGAGUCGGUGCCUUACUACCGUCUCUUCCCCUACCGCACAGCGCCCCUCCCCCCGGCGCCGCUCUUCCUUGCGCCAGGUCCUCCCCUGGUAGACCCUCUCCCCCCUCAGGGUCCUGCCCCGUCAGGUGUGUCCCAGGUAGACGAAGUCGAGCCUAUCGAGGUAGCUGUUGACUCUGGUGCUGCUACGGGUGCUGAGCCUGGGGGUGCUGAGUCUAGGGAGCCUGGGGGUGCUGGGUCUGCUCGUGUGGCCUCUGGCGGUGCUUCGUCGAGGCGGGAGCUACCCUCUCCACAGGAGCUGCGCGAGUGGUUUGCCCGGCGCUGGAGCCGUGCUGCUGGAGCUGGAGGUGCUGCUGUUACUGCUGACCCUGGGGUCGGCACUGGAAAUACUGGAGCCACGGGUCCUGGAGGUGCUCGUACUGGCGGUACUGGAGCGGCUGGGACUGGGGGUGCUGCUGGGGCUGCUGGAGGUGGUCCUGCUGGAGGUACUGCUGGAGCUGCUGGCUGUUCUGGAGCUGGCGGUCAUGCUGGAGCUGGAGCUGCUGGAGCUGGAGCUGCUGGCGGUGUUGGCGCUGGAGGUGCUGCUGGCGCUGGUGCCUCUGAGGGUGCUGGAGUUGGCGCUGUUGGAGCUGGAGGUGCCGCUGGCGCUGGUGCUGCCGCUGGGGGUACUGGUGCUGUCCUUGCUGGGUCUGGCAACGCUGCGUGGCCGCGGCCGUACUUCGUUCCGCUCCUUGAGCAGGUUCUUGGUCUCCCGCCCUCUACUGGUCCUGCUCCUCCCUUAGAGUGUCCACAGCCUAUCCAGUCGCGGUCACAGUUACAGUCCGCCUCCCCUCUACCUGCUCGUUCUCCCUACACUGGUCCUACUGGAUGUCUUGCUAAGCGUCGUGAGCCUGCGUCUCGUCCUGUGUCGCCUGUUCGUGCUGCUCGCACUAGUAGUCGGUCUCCGCGUCCGCGUCCUCCUGCGGUCCCAGGCACACACCAGAUGGCACUGCGUCCUUCCACUACUCCUCUGCGUGUCCCGUUGCCGUCUCCUCCAGAGUCCUCUCUUCCUGUCCUUGCUGACCCGGAGUCUGACUCUCGUCGUGCUGCCAGUCCUACUGUCACGCGUCUCUUGGCUACUGUUGUCACUGACCCUUCCUUUGAGUCCACUGCAGCGUCUGCCUUAGUUGCUGAGCUUGUCGAGUUUGCUGCUCGCUGUCGUCAAGACUACGCUGCGAGUCUUGUUGCUGAGUCUGAGUCUGUCUGUCGUCCGUCUGUCGGGGACAUCCCGACUCCUCGAUCUUACGAUGAGGCGAUCGAGGGUCCCUACUCCUCACAGUGGCAGUCAGCCAUGGACGCAGAGAUGGCUUCCUGGAAGUCCACAGGCACCUAUGUCGACGAGGUUCCCCCACCUGGGGCGAACAUCGUCAAUGGCAUGUGGAUUUUCAGGGUGAAGCGGCCGCCGGGUUCUGCGCCUGUCUUCAAGGCGCGUUACGUGGCUCGAGGCUUCAGUCAACGGCAGGGAGUUGACUACUUUCAGACCUUCUCUCCCACCGCGAAGAUGACCACUCUUCGGGUGCUGUUGCACAUAGCUGCUCAGCGCGACUACAAGCUUCACUCUCUUCACUUCAGCACAGCUUUCCUGCAGGGCAGCCUGCACGAGGAGAUCUGGCUGCGCCGCCCACCUGGCUUCACUGGGUCGUUUCCCCCUGGUACCCAGUGGAGCCUCCGGCGUCCAGUCUACGGUCUCCGCCAGGCGCUCCGUGAGUGGCACGACACACUGAGGACUACACUUGCGGCUCUUGGGUUUGCUCCUUCUACUGCCGACCCGUCGCUGUUUCUGCGCACCGACACCUCUUUGCCGCCGUUCUACAUCCUCGUGUACGUCGACGACUUGGUCUUUGCCACUGCUGACACUGCUGGACUAGCCCACGUGAAGUCGGAGUUGCAGAAGAGACACACUUGCACGGACCUGGGUGAACUGCGCAGCUACCUUGGCUUGCAGAUCACCCGGGACAGAGCACGCCGCACCAUUACCCUGACUCAGUCACACAUGGUGCAGCAGGUCCUUCACCGCUUCAACUUCACAUACUCCUUGCCUCAGGCCACUUCUUUGUCUACUCGCCACUCGCUCUCAGCUCUGCCCUCGGAUGGGUCCGUAGAGCCGAGUGGCCCGUACCCAGAGCUUGUUGGCUGCCUCAUGUACCUGAUGACCUGCACACGACCUGACCUUGCAUACCCUCUUAGCAUCUUGGCACGCUAUGUUGCUCCUCGGAGACACCGAGCAGAGCACAUGGCUGCAGCAAAGAGGGUGUUGCGCUACUUGUGCAGUACGUCGGGCAUGGGGCUAGUGCUUGGAGGGCGACGUUCAGUGGUCCUCACAGGUCACGCAGACGCUUCUUGGGUUGACGACCAGGCUACGCAGCGGUCGUCACAGGGUUACACCUUCAGCCUUGGUUCCGGCUCUGUUUCGUGGCGGUCUACCCGUUCGUCUUCUGUUCUCGGCUCCAGCUCUCAGGCUGAGAUCUACGCGGGGGCCAUGGCUGCACAGGAGUUACGCUGGCUCACCUACUUGCUGACUGACCUAGGAGAUCCGCCUCGUUCUCCUCCAAUUCUGUACGUAGACAACAAGGCCAUGCUGGCCUUGUGUCGGGAGCACAGACUAGAGCACAGAACGAAGCACAUUGCUCUUCGCUACUUCCUUGCUUGUGAGCUGCAGCAGCGUGGUCAGCUGCGCCUUGCUUACGUGGCCUCUCAGGCCAUCACUGCUGAUAUCUUUACCAAGGCACUUCCGCCUUGUGAUCAUCAGCGCUUCUGUACGAUGCUAUGUCUUGUGCCUACUUGGCCUCACUUGCUCACUUCUUGA